AGAGAACCAAAAAAAAAUCUCUCUCCCGUCCCUCUUGACUUGUCUGCUCUUCUCCGCAUAGUUUGCGUUUGUUCUUUGUUUCUGCUCGCUCUUCUUCGUUCUCUCUCAGUCCUUUGUUUUACCCCACGCCCAUCGCAAAGUAACAGCCCCCCACCCCUGUGACAGAGACGCCAAGGGAAACCCAAAAAAGCGUCGAGAAGGUCUCGUCAUUUAACCUCGCCGUGGUCCGCCUGCGUGAUUGUUGAAGCACGCGCGAUCGAGACACCUUGUUUCGCAGCGAUGGACGUGCCUCCGGAAAAUGUUUUCGACGUCAUCAUCAUAGGCGCCGGCAUCACGGGCAUAAACUUCGCCUACAGGUUGCAAGAACGCCUUCCACACCUGACCUACGUCGUUCUCGAAGGCAGACAUGAAAUCGGCGGGACGUGGUCCUACUUCAAGUACCCAGGCAUUCGAUCGGACUCCGACCUGUACACGUUUGGCUUCCCUUGGCGACCAUGGAUGCAGCCAAAGGCGAUCGCGGAGGCAGAGCUGAUCUUACCUUAUAUGCGGGAAAGUGCUGCCAUGUACGGUAUCGAUAAGAAGAUCCGCUUCCACCACAUGGUCGAGACCGCAAAAUGGUCGUCGCCUGAUCAGAAUUGGAAGCUGGGCGUGAGGAUCAAUGGAGAAAAAGAGACUGCGUUUAAGUCUCGAUUCUUGUUGUUUGGUGCGGGAUAUUAUGACUACAAGGAGCCCCUGAAGACUUACAUCCCAGGCAUCGAGAACUUCAAGGGGCCAUUGGUGCAAGCACAGUUCUACGAUCCGACGCUAGACUACACAGACAAAAACGUCGUCGUUAUAGGGUCAGGUGCUACCGCUGUCACCGUCGUUCCCGCAAUGGCAGAAAAGGCAAAGCAUGUCAUCAUGCUGCAACGCUCGCCGAACUAUCUCUUGAGCGCAGCUAGCGAAGACAGCGUCGAGGUAUUCAUCCGCAGAUGGCUACCCAAAACGUGGGCACACACUGUUAUUCGUUGGAAGUGGCUGUGGUUUGGCUUCUUUAUGGUCAAGAUGUGCAAAUUCUUCCCGAAUUACAUGACCAAGCUUCUGCGCACCCUCACAGUCGCUGAGCUCCCGCCCGAAGUCAGUCAUGAUCCACAUUUCAAGCCAAGGUAUGCGCCGUGGGAGCAGAGAAUGUGUUUUUGCCCAAAUAGCGAUUUCUUCGAAGCUGUGCGCCAAAAGAAAGCGAGCGUUGUCACAGGCGUCAUCGAGCAGGUGACAGAGGACUCGAUCAGGUUGACGGACGGCCAGGUCUUGAAGCCAGACAUCAUUGUGCAAGCCACUGGCUUGAAAAUACAGUUCGGCGGAAACAUUGACAUAACGGUCGAUGGCAAUCCAUAUAAGAUUAACAAUGACAAGUUCAUCUGGAAGAACAUGAUGUUCCAAGAUUUGCCAAAUGCCGCAUACGGAAUUGGCUAUGUUGAUGCUGCAUGGACGUUGGGCGCCGAUACCGCCGCUCAGAUGUUCGUUCGUAUCGUUAAAAGAAUGGAGAGGCAAGGCGUGUCCUCCGUUGUGCCCACGAUAGAGAAAGGGAAAGAGCCUGCUGAAGGCCCUUCUUUUUUCAAGCUUACCAGCACAUAUGUUACCCUCGGGAAGAAGGCGUUCCCCAAGACCGGCAAGCACCCACAGUGGGCAGGAAGGUCGACUUAUAUGUACGAUCUCUACCAAGCGAAGUUUGGUGACAUUGUGACUGGCAUGAAGUAUGUUAGACCACCGAUGAUCAAGGCGGCGUAACUUUUUUUUUUCCCCGUGAAGAUGUAAGAUUGGGAUAACCUCUUGAUGUCUUGUAUCUUAAGAACGUAGUAUACCUGAAAUGCGUGUUCCCUUACGAAGCUGGAGGCGGCCCAUUUGUGAUUAAUCCAGGCAUCCAAAGCAUUGCUUCGAGAUCACUGUUAAAGUCCGGCCAGGAUUGCAGGAAAGCCUCGUCGCUGUGAAGCCCGAAC